AUGCUUCCUUUCAGACAACAGUUAGCCGAACAAGAAAAUCGACCGAAACAGGAUCUUCAAACAAUCUACGAGCAUCCAGUCAGGAUCAAGCGGCCACAAUUUCGUCCGAUGGAUCCGGACAUAUACGGGCAUAUGUCGCCGGUACCACGGCUCGGCUCACCACAAUCGCUAGCUGAUGAAUUGAAUGAAGCCGAGAAGGAGCUGGUUAGGCAACAGAAAUCAGAAGCGGACCUACGGACACCAGAUCGGAUAUUCAAAGUGGUCUUCGUGGGCGAUUCAGCUGUCGGAAAAACCUGCUUUUUACAUCGGUUUUGUUAUAAUCGCUUUAAACCGUUAUUCAAUGCCACCAUUGGAGUGGAUUUCACGGUGAAAACAAUGAACGUUGGUGAUCGAAUAAUCGCUCUUCAGCUGUGGGAUACUGCUGGGCAAGAGCGAUUUCGAUCGAUAACGAAGCAGUAUUUCCGAAAAGCCGAUGGUGUGCUGUUGCUGUUUGAUGUGACAUCGGAACAGAGUUUUUUGAACGUUCGAAAUUGGAUCGAAUCGGUCCGAAACGGUGUCGAAGAGUCAACAGUGUUAGCUUUAGUUGGAAACAAAGUCGACUUGUUUGGCAGUGACAUAUCACGGAAUGCUGUGUACAAAGCCGGCAAGAGACUUGCCGAUGAAUUUGAGAUGCCUUUCUACGAGACUAGUGCCUAUACUGGAUACGGAAUCGAUUAUUGUAUGAAAUCAAUAGCUGAGCGUUUACAAAAACGCGAAGAGCAACAUUUACAAGACGCGUUGAUGCUGGAGAUGGAGCCAACCCAUAAGAAGCGAACUAACCUGGGUGGCAAGCUUCGCUACUUAUGUGAUGACCCAGGGCGGAAAUGUGGCCCAAUUCCUUCAACGUGGGGUCGUUUAAAUGGCACGUGA